GCUAUAGUACUCUAUGGAGUAUUAAAUGGAAAUUAAGAGAAUUGACACAGAAGCCAGCUUCAAUUUUCAUUUUUUUUACCCCCAGUCUGGCAUUUGUUGUUGAAUUUCAUUUUAAAAGGAUGCUUUGUUCAGCUUUGUCUCAGUUUAAGUACAGAUUUAUUUUUAAGAUUAAAGAUUAGAACAAUGGGAAGCAAUUGCAGCUUAUACACUUAUAGUCUUACUGAGAGUCAACUUAAAAGUAUUUCGUACAGCUAUCUCAGUGUCCUCUUGUCAUUUGUUUUAUGCCAGUUAGUUGUAAUUUCUUUCUGGACUGCAACAAACAGUGUAAAAAAUGCCUAUUAUCUUUAUGUGUAAUCCAUUCUCAUGAACAAAUUAGAUUUUUCUUCCAUGAAUGAACUAUAAUAUGAAAUUUAAUGUUCUGACCUUUCUUAUGCUGGGUUGCUGAAAACAGUGUCAUUUAGCUUUUCUGAUAGUCCAAGCAUAUUUUUUGUUGUUGGUUUAAUGCAUUUUUUUAUAUUGUUGCUUUUAAUUGCAGAAAAAAACAACAUUUUAUGUGUAAUUUUCUCACUACUUCUUAAUGUAUGAAGGCUCCAAAGUUCUUGCAGUGUAAAAUAAAAACUCCUUAUUGUUUUUUUUUUUCCUGGGAGCUCUGAUGGCCUGUCUUGUUAAUGAUAGUCAUUUCUCUGGCAGGAAGAUGUUUUCAUUUAUAUUUACUUCUCAGUACAGGGCAAUUAUGCUGCUCUGCGUUGUGCACUCUUCUUAGUUUCUAUCUCAAAAGAACUGCAGCGCUUGAAACAGGACUGCAGUUUGAAGCAGGUGUUGUGUUUUACUGUUAUGCAAAAUAACACUAAAAUAUAAUUGUAAAGGAAAUUCGGGAAACAGGUGCAAACUUGGUGUGGUAACCACUACAGUUCUUGCAGCAUCUUACAUCGCAUCUAGCACAGUAAAGAUGUGUUCCAGCAAAGCUCACCCCUGAUGAUUUUUGCUGCUGAAACCUUGUUGUCAUGAGAGAGGUCCAUGAGGUCUCACAGGGGAGGACCAGGCUGUAACCACAGUUACAAUGCUCUGCCAUCUCCAGUGACAGUUUUGAAAUCCACGCUUUAACUUUUAAUUUCAUCUUCAUUUUUUUUUCCUUUUAAUUUUUUCCUUUUUUCCUUCCAAUACUAAAGAAGACGAAGGAUAGAAUCCAGUUGCUAGAAUGAAGGUUGCGGGAUGUCUUAACCCAACCAACAUAUGGAAGCCUACAUAGGCCUGAGGUGGUAAAAUAGUAAAAUAAAUGGCCUAUAGCAGGCCAUCUGCCAUUUGCAGAGCGUUUUCAUCGUGCCUCGUGCCAAACUGGAAAUUACUCUUUGUAUUAAAAAUAUAUUUGGAAUACAAAUCAAAGAUUUCAAAUGCUCGGUGUUACACAUGGCAAGCACAUUUCUAUCUGGGAGCUAGAGAAGCCCAGGGAAAUUGCGCUGGAAAAAUAUUGCUUGGUUUGGUGCUUAGGGCUCAAGUAAUUCUCUUCUCUUUCCCAUCCCUUUGUCUUCUCAGUAAGCAAGGAUUUACUUUUGUGAAAUGCACUCCAGAUAGGAAAAGUCCGCUCUUGCAUGUGGCAGCUAAAGGGAGGAAUUUCAGUGGGUUCCGAGAGUGGUGAUUUCAUGCAAGUCCUUGCAGCUAGUCCCAGCUGAGGAUCUACCUCAUAAACGGGGCUUUUACAGAGUGGCUCAUCUUGAAAGUAUCCUUCGACCAUCAGCUGAUCAAUUCCCGAUCCUCAGGAUAUUGACCGGAGACACUGGAGCCCGGGUUUUGCCCAGGAAGCUCAGCUGAGCGUGUUUGGGAGGUUCUGGCUCUUGGGCUGUGCUGGUACCACAGCACACACCCAGGCCUAACGCAAAAUGUGUUUAAGAGCACUCUGAAGAAGCCAGACAGGGAUGCAGAGAGAGGGAAGAGCCUUUUUCUUUCACCUUAUGCAGAAACAUGCAUAAAAUCGCGCUUUAAUCAGAUAAAUCAUUGCUGUCUGCUGACAGUGAAUCCAAACCAGUUUCAGUGCUAGCGAGCUAUAAUGUGGAUAUUUUGUUAACAUUGCCUAGAUACUCGCCUUCCUCUGGGCACAUAAACGCCUCGAUUCAAAGGUACUUGGGUGUGCCUUUUGCUGUGCAAUUGUAAAGUGUUCUCUACAUCGGUUUCUUGCAAGUUUCUCAGUUGUUAGUGCUCUAAAGCUACAGCAGCGGCUUGAAAACAAGUGUGCAGGUUUGUGGAAAGUCCUCUGUCCUUCAGGAAGCUGGCUCCACUUGUGAGUUUUCGUGGUUGCAAUUAAACGCAAGAUGUUAUUUAAAAUCGAGGAUAUGAAAUGAGGAGUAUUUAAGGGGAGCUUUCAACACAGAUAUGUUAUUCCCCCUUCCCCCACCCCCUGAAGAUAAAGCCUUACUUUAAGCAUUCAUCCUUUGGAUGUGUCUGAUGAUGAUGGAGCUGGAUGAUGAAGUAAUUAAAAAAAAAAAAAAAAGUGAAUAGUAAUGCGUGGAGAGGGGUGAUGGGUACAUCGGGAAUAUAGAAAAAGAUCUCAAAUCUGACUAGAUCUCAAAUCUGAAUGGAAGUCAGGAGAGUGUAGAGCACUGGGUCAGGGUGUGUUUACAUCUCAUGGCUUACAGCAGCGUGUGCUGUCUGUCUCUCCUGGCAGAGGUCACGGAGUUGAUGCGGAGCUGCUGGGAGUCAGGAUCUGCCCGGACCACAAUGCCCUGCCCUGCCCCUGGCCUUGGGAAGCUGUGAGCUGCUCAUGUCCAUAAGGAGGAAGGAUGGCUCAUGGAAUUCCUUCACAAGGCAAAGUUACCAUAACGGUGGAUGAGUACAGCUCCAACCCAACGCAGGCGUUCACACACUACAACAUCAACCAGAGCCGCUUCCAGCCUCCCCACGUGCAUAUGGUCGACCCUAUCCCAUAUGACACUCCAAAACCAGCGGGCCACACGCGCUUUGUCUGCGUCUCAGACACGCACUCCAGAACAGAUGGCAUCCAGAUGCCCUAUGGGGACAUCCUGCUCCACACGGGCGAUUUCACCGAGCUGGGACUGCCCUCUGAGGUUAAGAAGUUUAAUGACUGGUUAGGAAACCUACCAUAUGAAUAUAAAAUAGUGAUUGCUGGGAAUCAUGAACUGACAUUUGAUAAGGAAUUCAUGGCAGACCUUGUUAAACAAGAUUACUACCGCUUUCCCUCUGUGUCCAAAUUGAAACCAGAGGACUUUGACAAUGUUCAGUCACUCCUGACAAAUAGUAUUUACUUACAAGAUUCAGAGGUAACAGUUAAAGGAUUCCGAAUAUAUGGUGCCCCGUGGACACCCUGGUUUAAUGGAUGGGGCUUUAAUCUACCCAGAGGUCAGUCUUUGCUAGACAAGUGGAACCUUAUUCCUGAGGGAAUUGAUAUACUAAUGACACAUGGACCUCCCCUUGGUUUUCGAGACUGGGUUCCCAAGGAGCUGCAGAGAGUGGGCUGUGUGGAGCUGCUGAACACAGUGCAGAGGAGGGUCAGGCCCAAACUCCACGUCUUUGGUGGGAUCCAUGAAGGUUAUGGGAUCAUGACAGAUGGCUACACCACCUACAUCAACGCCUCCACCUGCACAGUCAGCUUCCAGCCCACCAACCCUCCCAUCAUCUUUGACCUUCCCACCCCUCAAGGAUCCUGAAGCACUACUGGGGAAGGUCUAUAAACUGCCAUUUUCUAAUUACAAAACUUACAUUCAUGUUUAUUUCAAAACAGGGGCUAGGGGGGAUUUUGGGGGAGCCGUGGGGGGGGGGGGGGUUUGUUUUGGGGUGGGGUUUGGGAUUUUUUGUUUUUUGGUUUUUGGGGGUUUUUUUUAAUUUGUAAAUUGCUGGUGCAAAAGAAACAAGAAGAAAAGUUAGAGGUUGUGCUUUUUGGAAAUGCAGCAUUCAUUUUAAAUUGAUAAAGCAUUGUGAAUUUGUAAAAUGAAUUUUGUUUUUCAAUAAAUUUGCCAUUGUAAAUUGUUAUAGUGUUCUCAAAAGGACAGCCAAGCUUUCUUUUAAUAAGUGAGAGACCUUAUUUUAAUAUUAUAUUAUAAGCUAAAAAAUAGGCAGCAUUUAAAUACACCCAAAUUUGCACAACUUUUGUUAUUGUUGGGGUUUUUUUAAGUGUCUUCUUUUUCCCUAGGUUUAAAUGUUAGCUUUUUGUCUCAAUUUAUAUAAAUUUUUUUAGUAGCACAAGCAAUGUUUUGGGGUUCAUUUACCUCUUGACACGUGUGCAUGUACUUAAACUUGUUUCUAUUCAUGGUAUAAUGCAGCAAGGGGAGAAUAGACUUCUCAGUUGUUUGUCUCUUCCUGCUUUGUAAAGACUGAUCUAGAUAGCCACAGCCAGUAUGUGAUAUCUACCUUCUGUUGUUUCUUUUUUAAAUUAUUUUAGCUUUAAACGACUGGGGGUGAAAGCUGCAAAGAGCAGGUAUUUCAUGCAGUAAAAAAAAAAAAAAAAAUGUAAAUGCGGACUCCUUUUAAAUAUGAAUUUAUAUAUAUAUGUAUUUUUUGUGCAUUAUAACUAAGCUAGGAUUUAAUAUUGCCAGUAUAGCAUCUGCAAAAUUAUGCUGUACAGCACAUCUAAAUUAUGAAGGAUGUGAUACAUUUUUCCAAGUGCUCAAGGCCUUCAAGAGCCCGAGUUAAAUCUUUGUUGUAGUUCAGGCAUGUAUAGAGUCAAAUGGAUACAAUCAAGCCUAAAUAAAAUAAGGCUUAGUUGUCCUUUAUAUUUAAAUAUUCUUCUUGUCUUUUUUAUUUCCUUUUUCUUAUUUUGCACUGUGUGUAAAUGCAAUCUCACUAGCACAAAAUAUUGUUGCAGAUAGUUAUUUCUGUUCCACCACUGUAAAUGCUAUUGAGCUUUGUUCUGUUUUAUGUUACCUUGUUAAUGGAAUUUAGAAAAGCAGUUGUUUCUUUAAAUUUAUUGUGAUAUUAUAUCUAGCGGCCUUUAUAUGCAAAUAAAAUUGCAAGAUUUUUAAA